AUCAUGGGACUCUGCCUGUCCGUGGCUCUAUGGAAGCAGAAGCUCUACACCGACGGCGGCCACCGGGCAGUGCGGCGAGGCGCAGACGAGGUUGCUGGCGUGAAGGGUAGCGGCUGCGAGUACGGGAUCUUGGGAGGCGACGUGCUGGAGGUGGAGGAGAAGGUGGUGGUGGGUCUGGCGGCCGUGGGCGCGAAACGUGGUGGAGCGGAGGGGGCUGCCGUGUCUGGCGGCACGCCGGCACGGCCGAUAUGGCAGAGGAGGGUGCUGAUGGGCGUCAAGUGCCAGCUGCCGCGGUUCAGCGGCAUGAUACUCUACGAUGAGAGCGGCCGGCCGGUGUGCAGCGGCAUCCGGGACAGAGUUCGCGACCAGGAGAAGCAUGCCGCGGCAAUCUCAGUGCUAAGGGACAUGCUCUAGCCUAGGCAGUCAGUGUACGGUGGUGACAUCGGUGUUGUAGGGCAGCACUGCUCCUUGUUUCAUUGCUUCAUGUCUACGUCUUUGUUUCUCGGUUUGAUAAACUGCCUCUAGUCAGAUGUGUCAAGGUCCUGGGCUAGGCAUGCAAUAAAAUCCGUCACAAUUCGUUUUCCGAACGUAAA